CAGGACCAGCGCGACACUGCCAUAUUGUUUGAUUUUUUUCCAUAAAAAAAAGAACGCUGCACUUUUUAUUAUUUUUUAUUUAUUAUUUUUUAAAGUGUCUAAAAUAAGAAUUCUAAACGGUUCUACUGGAACUCUAAACUUGGUGUAUUCAUGCUGUAGGUAACAAGUUUUCUAGCUAUCCAGACUGAAAACGACGUCGCUGCUGUUUAUCUUUACAUUGACCAGCAAUUCUUCAAAUCUUAAAUCUCGUAUCACGUUGAAUUGAAGAUGAAGGACCGACUGGAACAACUAAAAGCGAAGUCGGAUCAAACUCCUGAUGAUGUGGAAAUUCCAGUGGAAAAUAAAGAAUUUAUGGACGAGUUCUUCGCUCAGAUUGAAGAAAUCCGCACCAGCAUAGACAAGAUUGAAGAAAAUGUAGGCGAGAUAAAGCGACUGUAUUCUGUCAUCCUCUCUGCACCUACAUCAGACCAGAAGACACAGGAGGAAUUGGAAGCAGUUACUAAUGAGAUUAAGAAACUGGCCAACAAUGCUCGCAACAAACUCAAAAGCAUUGAGCAGAGUUUGGCAUCUAACACUGAAGAGAGGGUUUCAGCAGAUAUCCGGAUAAAGAAAUCUCAGCAUGCCAUUCUUGCUAAGAGGUUUGUAGAAGUGAUGACCAAAUACAAUGAAGCCCAAAUGGAGUUUAGAGAGAAGAGCAAAGGGCGCAUCCAAAGACAGCUGGAGAUCACUGGCAAAGCCACUACUGAUGAAGAGCUGGAGGAAAUGCUGGAUGGAGGAAACGCUGCAGUAUUCACAGCAGGAAUUAUGGACUCUGGGAUAUCAAAACAGGCACUAAGUGAGAUUGAGGCACGACACAAAGAUAUUAUGCGACUGGAGAGCAGCGUGAAGGAGUUGCACGACAUGUUUGUGGACAUUGCAGUGCUGGUGGAAAAUCAGGGAAGCAUGAUUGACAGGAUUGAGAGCAACAUGGACCAGUCUGUGGGUUUUGUUGAAAGAGCUGUGGCUGACACUAAAAAGGCUGCCAAGUUCCAACAAGAAGCACGCAGGCAUUUUUUUUAUUUUCAUUGUUCCAUCUUCUAUUUUUCUUCAUACAUUGAUGUCCUCUGUUUCUUCCUCUUAAUUUCAACCUCAUCUCUAUAUGUCUGUUCUCUACACCUUCCAAAUCUCUUCUUCCCAAUCAUCCUUUCCCCUUGCUUUCCUCCACUAUCAUUAUAUCAUUAUCAUGCUGUCACUGGCUGCCCACUUACACCUUUGUAGAAGAAAAUGAUGAUCAUGCUGUGCUGCACAAUUCUUGCGGUCAUCGGUGGUUCUCUGGUGUAUAGCUGGCUGACAUAAAUGUCAAAGUAAGCAUUCAUAAAACUAAAUUCAUAAAACGACAUGUUGACCAUUUGUGAGUGACAUCCUGUCUUUUCCAGGUGAAGAGGUUGUCUACUUUUCCAAGUCAUGUCUCUAUCAAGAAUCAAGAGAAGCAUCUUAAUGCAAAUGAACCCAAAACAUCCCUACACACAACAUGUUUUCCAGUCCUUGUUCAUUUCAUUUUCCCAUCUUUUUUUUUUUUGUCUUUUACGUUCUUCCUGUCUUAUCAACUGGCCUUGCAUUGUUAGAGGCAUCACGGUGAAAUGUGAUGUGCAAGCUGUCUGUUUAUUUUAGGGCUGUGGUAUGAAAUAUUGCUUUUAUUUAUUUAAUUGUUUUUGGAAAUUUAGGAUAUAGCCUAUAUAUGAUGAUAAAAGAUACUAAGAGGCUAAGUUUUGUUUUUUGAGGCCUCAUUUUUUGUAACUGACAACUGAAACAAUUUACAUUAGCAGUGACAAAUAUUUUGUCCUUGUUGGAAAAAAAAAAAAACAGUUUAAUUCUUAAACAUUUACAUUAUGUUUUAACUUUUAUUUUAGGAUUAGUCAAAAUUAGUCCAACACCACAAAACCAGUCUUAAGUCGCUGGGGUAUAUUUGUAGCAAUAGCCAAAAAUACAUUGUAUGGGUCAAAAUUAUAGAUUUUACUUUUAUGCCAAAAAUCAUUAAGAAAUUAAGUAAAGAUCAUGUUCCAUGAAGAUAUUUUGUAAAUUUCCUACUGUAAACAUAUCAAAAGUUAAUUUUUGAUUAGUAAUAUGCAUUGCUAAGAACUUUAUUUGGACAACUUUAAAGAAUAUUUUCUCAGUGUUUUGAUUUUUUUGCACCCUCAGAUUCCAGAUUUUCAAAUAGUUGUAUCUCGGCCAAAUAUUGUCCGAUCCUAACAAGGUCAUUUAUUCAGCUUUCAGAUGAUGUAUAAAUCUCAAUUUUGACAAAUUGACACUUAAGACUGGUUUAGUGGUCCAGGGUCACAUAUGUGGUUCUGUUUUUACUGACCAUUUGCUUAUUUAGUGUAGAUGAGUAGCAAUUAGUUGACUUAUUUCUUAGGUUGAGUUGUUAUUGUUCUCUUGAUAAUAUUAGAACUGUAUAUUUUGGACACACUAAAGUUUAAUUAUACCGUAGUGUGACUUGAGUUAUCUAGACUGAGUAAUUGUGAUUAAAAGACCAGGGUUGUAUAAAAUCUGUGUUAUACGUGUUCUUUCGUCCAAGCUUAAAAACAGUAAAUU